AUGGGUAUGCUUGAUGACAAAAGGGAUCGUGCACUUAAAAUCGUCAAACUUAUGCUCCAAAUUAACCGGUCAACAAGUGUAUCAAAUGAUUCAUCACGUACCGGUUCAUCAUUUAAUGAGAUGCUAUCAACAUAUUCAAUAACAAAACUUGUUUCAAGGAAUGACUCAUCUUCUCGAAUGCGUCAUUCGAUCAAUUACGGUAUCUCUUGUUGA